GAGCACGUAUGUGAACAGACAGAUACCACCAACUGAAUCCAGCAGAACUGAUAUUUGGUAUAUAAAAUGGCCUUAGCAAGUGGACAUUGGAUUGACAAAGAGAUGAAAGGAGAACCGCCAAGUCCCAGACAUGGGCAUGCUAUUGCUGUAGCAGGGAGUGUUGUUUUCCUGUUUGGAGGUGUGUCCACAAUGAAUUCCCUGGUGAGUAGACCAAUAUAUUUGAAUGAUUUUUACAUGCUUACAGUUACACAUACUGAUGUUACCUGGGAAGUGAUGCCUCAGAAUGAACUAAUACCACCUCCAAGAGAAGGACAUACACUUAGUGUGGUUAAAGGCAAGAUUUAUUUGUUUGGUGGUUCAUCAACUCCAGAUGCCAGAGAAUGCCUCCCAGGAGUCUAUUGCUUUCACAUUGUGCCUCUUACAUGGGAGAAGCUGAACAUUGGAGGGUUUCCCCCGAAGACCCUGAAGCACAGCUCUGCAGUUGUGGGUGACAACAUCUAUGUCUUUGGAGGGACUCUGGAUGGCAUUGCCAGCGAUGAUCUUCUAAUGUUCAACACAGUGUCAAUGACCUGGACUCCAAUCAGGACCACAGGAACUAUUCCAUCUGGACGAUUUAACCACAAGCUUGCUGUGGUCAAUGAGCAGAUCUACUUGUUUGGAGGUUGCUCGGCAUAUGACUACUACUACAAGGAUGUCCAUGUGCUGAAUGCAGAUACCCUCGUGUGGCAGAAAUGUGAAGUGAAAGGAGAAUUCCCCCUUGCCUGUGAAGGUCAAACUCUCACACCACAUCAUGACAAGGAUAUUUACUUCUUUGGAGGAAAAUGCAUCAACAAAAAUGGAACUGUGACUUCAAUGAAUGAAAUACAAAAGCUAAGCAUUGCAAAGAUGAAGUGGAAGGUGCCACUGUACAUAGGGAUUCCUCCAGCCCCACGUCACAGCCACACAGCAUUCAUCAUCCACAGCCACCUGUACGUAUUUGGUGGCAAAAAUGAAGAUCAAGAAUUCAAUGACUUGAAUGUGAUGAAACUGAUCAACCCCUCAGAAAGGCAGCCAGUAAUGAAGGAGAUCCUGUCUGAAUUUGGAAUCCAGGGAGUCAGUAAUGGAUUUGCACCUACAAAGGUUCCCAAUGUCAAGUAUGAGCUGAGUGAGUCUCCCUUUCCUGCAAAAAUGGAAUCAUUUCCAAAUAUCCAACCCACUGGCCACAGGGAUUUUAGCGUUGUCCGUAAUGAAGCCUUGAAUAUGAUCCACAAAGCUUUCUCCAUGCUGGACGUGGAAUUCCAGAAGCUGGACAGUGAAAAGUCACAGCUUGCCCAAGCUGCUAUUGCUCUUCAGUAUGAGAAAGAAGCCUACAGUGCUCAGCAUCAAAAACAGCAACAGGAACUUCAGGAAAUGCUGGAGAAACACAAGGCCCAGAACGAGGCCUGGCUGCGAGCCCGGGCAGAGGAGAAUGACAAGGAGAGGAAGGAACUGUGCAAACUGAGGGAAGAAGUGUUACAUGAACAGGAGAGACUCAAAGAGGAACAGAGGAACCUUCAGAAACGAAAUGAGCAGCUUCUCUCAAUUAUGCAGCAGUUCAAAGGCAUGUGAUGGCUCUGUCUUGGCCUCAUCGUCACUGUACACGUGUGGGUUU